AUGGUCCGUCCUCCGCCGGCGCAAAGAGAGGUGGGCGGGUACUCGGGGGUACAUAACCUCAAGCUCCGGUGCAAGUACCUGUUGCGUGUCUCGGAUGUACCUCUCGGCCGGGAAACAGCUACCAUCAACAUCAACAUCGACAAUGACAUUGACAUCGACACCUUCCUGCCAAAGCCGCCGCCGCCGCAGCCACCGCCGCUGCUGUUCCGGGAGUUGCUGUUGCUGCUUCUGCUCCUGCCCUCUCGAUGGUGGUUCAGUGUCUAG